GUUCCCUCAUGACAUCUGCGGAUGACCUACUCUACCAUACCCUACCAUACUCUACUCUACCAUUUCACCUCCAAUUCAUCUAUCGCACCUUAUUGCAAGUGUCAUCAUUACUACGUAUUCGACAGCAAUGUGAACUGUAGAUACGAUCUCUAAGGUAGCACCUUUACUACCUACAUUUACUCCGUCUUAGCCGUUGUUUGUUUGCUUUUUAGAAGUCUUAGGUGUAAAUCAUAGUCGUAUUGCGCGCGUACUACAGCGACACCAACGUCUGACUCGUUAUGGACCGGCUUCGUGCAUUUUUCCGGAAAAGAGAAGAUGAACAGGAGUACCAACCUUUGAACGAUGAAUCACAAUCACUCCAAGAGCCUCCCGAGCACACCGAACACACUGAGAGCGAUGUUAUCCCUUUCUCGUGGGUUGAGUAUAGCAUCUUCGGAUUGCUGGGUGUCGCGAUGCUAUGGGCUUGGAACAUGUUUCUUGCCGCAGCACCCUACUUUCAGCUCCGCUUCCAAGAUGACGACUGGAUUCUCGACAACUUCCAAUCGGCGAUUAUAUCUGUGUCGGCAUUAGGAAAUUUGGGGUCGAUGGUCGUAUUAACAAAUAUACAAUACACGGCGUCUUAUCCCUUCCGAAUUAACCUAGCUCUGUACAUCAACGUCGUCAUAUUCAGUUUACUAACGGCCUCGACUGCGACGUUCCUCGAUUCUUCACCAUCAACGUAUCUUGUAUUUUUAUUGGUAAUGGUAGCACUCACGGCAUCGGCGGCAGGACUCAUACAGAAUGGCGCAUUUGCGUUUGCUGCAAGCUUUGGGAGACCUGAAUACAUGCAAGCGAUCAUGGCUGGACAGGGCGUAGCAGGUGUGCUCCCGUCGCUUGUUCAAGUCAUUUCGGUUCUUGUUGCACCACCAGCAGAUACAUCUUCCAGAGCCCGAGAAGAAGCUUCCACGGGAAAUGGAAAAGCGGCAUUUAUCUACUUUCUUACCGCGGUAAUUGUAUCCAUCGUAGCGCUCGUGGCUUUCAUACCGCUAGUUAACCGCCAUAACCGUAUUAUCGAGAAUCGGAUGAUGGAGCAGAUGGCCACGUCGGUGACGAGCAUCGAGUCCGCCGAACGUGCAGCGCGGAAAGUCGUCAGCAUGCCGAAGCUGUUCAAAAAGCUCCACUGGCUCGCAGGCGGAGUCUUCAUGUGCUUCGCCGUCGCCAUGUUCUUCCCCGUGUUCACACCUAAGAUUUUGUCUGUGACACCGCCUGAUGAAGCGAGCCUAUUACUACAGCCUGCCGCAUUCAUCCCCCUAGGUUUCUUCUUCUGGAACCUUGGCGACCUUGGAGGGAGAACCAGUUCGCUUUUCCUGCCACUCCGAGAUCGGCCAGCAUUGUUAUUUGUAGUGAGCAUUGCGCGGUUGCUAUUCCUUCCACUUUAUGCUCUAUGCAACCUGCACGGUAAAGGGGCUGUUAUUAAUAGCGACUUAUUUUACCUCCUAUUAGUGCAGUUCCCGUUCGGUUUCACCACCGGUUGGCUUGGAUCAAAUUGCAUGAUGGCGGCCGGUGAAUGGGUUGAGGAAGGAGAACGAGAGGCUUCCGGAGGGUUCAUGGGAUUGUCUCUUGUGGCUGGGUUAGCAUUUGGUAGUCUGCUGAGUUUUACUGCCGCAGGAAUAUGACGGGUGGCCAAACCGGCCAAACACCAUGAAUAAUAACACCUCAAACGAUAUAGAGAGAAAGGAUCAUAUUAUCAUAUUAGGCGUUUUAUACAUACCUAGGUAGGUAUUCAGACAUGAUGAUGUACAAUAUGGGAUAGUUGGUUACCAAUAGAUGUUAGACUAGAAUCGAUCUUACCUCAGUUUUGGGUAUUAGUAUUAUUACCUAGCUGACGACGGCAGCUCAUGACAAUGACAAGUCAUGGAUUGUACCCUGUCCAGCCUGUGUCCCUAGCGAACGCCUUUCCAGGUUGGUCAUAGGCAGAUACCCGAGUGGGUGGAUAUUAGAUCGCCGUGCAUGUGCAAAUGGACGAAUAAACGGGCCAGGCAUGAUCCCUCUCGAAGAUCCAUUUUAUCGUUUGUUUGGUAUUGGGUACCUUAGGAACCAUGCUUAGCUGGAUAGGACUGGCAGAAAUGGCUAACCUCGCCUUGCCUUGCUAAACUAUUUACAGGCUUUAAUUUAAU